CCUUCAAUACCUUUCACUGAAUCUCUUCCCAACAUGCCAUUCGAGCGUAGGACCACGCAGCCAGAGAACCCGUUCUCGCGACUGGUACCCGAGCAGACCAUUGCCAUAGUGCCUGAAUUCACAUUCGAAUCCGGGUACACAAUUCGCGACGUCCCUGUAGCCUACAAGACGUGGGGCGUCCUCAGUGAGGCAGGAGACAACUGCAUGUUGAUCUGCCACCCUUUGACACGUAGCGUCGAUGUCGAGGAUUGGUGGAGCAGCCUCAUGGGAAAGUGUGAACUUGAGGGCAAAGGCAAGGUCAUUGAUGAGUCCAAGUUCUUUAUCGUAUGCCUCAACGUGAUGGGGUCUCCCUAUGGCUCUGCCUCGUCCCUCACUAUGAACCCAAAGACAGGUGUCCGCUAUGGACCCGAGUUCCCACAGGCGACCAUUCGAGACGACUGCAGACUCCACAAGCUGGUUCUAGACGAUUUGGGUGUCAAGUCCGUGGCAAUUUGCAUCGGGGGCUCCAUGGCAGGAAUGCACGUCUUUGAGUGGUCCUUCUUUGGCCAAGACUAUAUCAAAGCGCUCGUCCCCGUCUCUGCCCCUGCCCAAAGCUCUGCCUGGAGUAUGGGUUGGACAGAGUCCCAAAGACAAUCCAUUUUCGCUGAUCCCAAGUACCUAGAUGGGUACUAUUCCCUGGAUGCCCAACCCCUGCAAGGCAUGACAGCUGCUCGAAUGACCGCCAUGUUGACCUAUCGAACAAGGGUGUCGUAUGAACGUCGAUUCGGGCGGAAUAUCAUGGACUCGUCCGAUCCGACCUCAGUGGAAAAGUCCAUGAUCGCUCCUGCUGAGGUGCACCGUCAGGAACACAACGCAGGCCAUCGUCUUAUGAAGACAAACCCGACCCUACCCUCCGGAAAUACGAUGACGGGUCUCCGAACGCCUGGGGAAAGUCCCCUUCUUCAUGGCUCCAGUGCCCUAACUGAAGACCCCUGCCCGGCCUCUCAGAAUCCCGUGAACGCCAUAUAUUGUCCACCAGUAUACGCAACGCACAGCUAUUUGCGUUACCAGGCUGAUAAGUUCAACGAGCGCUUCGAUGCCAAUUGCUACAUUGCCCUGAGCCGCAAGAUGGAUGGCCAUGAUAUUUCGAGAGGCCGUGGGGAAUAUGCGGACGUGAUCCGUGACAUUCAGCAGCCUACCCUUGUCCUGGGAAUCGAUUCUGACGUCCUCUACCCAUUCGCGGAAAUCGAAGCAUUGAGCAAACUGCUUCCCAAGAGCGAACUAGUUUGUGUGCGAUCUGAAGAGGGUCAUGAUGGGAUUUUGCUGGAGUACGAACAGGUCAACGAUGCUAUCGUGGCGUUUAUGCAAAGGCACGAUCAUAUCCGAGAGAUCCUUAGUCGUCAGGGCGUGGCUGUCCCGGAACGAAAGGGUCCUCGAGGCACCAUGUUUGCCAGCUGGUGAUUUUCCCUUUCUCGCUUCUGUAGACUACUCCAUUUAGAUAAACCACUACAUAGAGUAGC